UCAGAACCUGAGACAGAGAUAGCGCGAUAUGAGGCUCUUGUAUCGUUAGCUGCAAAAACUCGCAAUGCCAGAAUCAAAAGAGAUAAAAUGCGUAACGGAGUGAAAGCAGCGUAUCGAGAUCUUGCAUCACAGGAAGAUCUCUUCAUCAUACGCAAUCAUAAUUCAGAUCCCAAUCAAAGCGUGUCCAGAUCUCCCUAACUGAGAUCUUUAUUUUCUUCCACUUUCCCGAGAAAUUUGUUUUUUUUUUUUUUCAUUUUCUCUCCAUUACUUCUUCUUCCCUCGCAAUUGUAACUGCCGCUGAUUCACAAUGGCUCUGCGCUUCAACAAUCGAAGAACCGUUUUCGCUUUUCGCAUAUUCCUUCUCCUCUCCUUGUUCUUCAACUUGUCGUCGACCUUUGCUCAGGAUUCUCUGGUUCAGAACUUGAAGGAAGAUUCCGAUGGAUCUGUGGAUCUCGGUCGCCGCGGGAAAAUUGCAUUGAAUGAUUUAGAAAAUGAUUCGUUCCUUUCUCUUGGCUUGGACUCCCCUGGUCUUGGACUCUUUGAUGCUCUUUUUGCUAGUCUAUCAAUGAUCAUGGUCAGUGAGAUUGGGGAUGAAACAUUUAUAAUAGCAGCUCUUAUGGCUAUGCGUCACCCUAAGUCAACUGUCUUGUCCGGUGCACUCGCUGCCUUGGUUGUAAUGACAGUACUUUCUACGGGACUAGGCAGGAUUGUGCCAAAUUUGAUUUCAAGGAAGCAUACAAAUAGUGCUGCUACAGUUCUUUAUGCUUUCUUUGGAUUACGAUUGCUGUACAUUGCUUGGAGAUCAGAUUCCAAAACUUCACAGAAGAAAGAAAUGGAAGAAGUUGAAGAAAAACUUGAAGGUGGACAAGGGAAAACUUCAUAUCGGCGCUUCUUUUCAAGAUUUUGUACGCCAAUAUUUUUGGAGUCUUUUAUUUUAACAUUUCUUGCUGAGUGGGGUGAUCGUAGCCAGAUUGCGACAAUUGCACUGGCGACACACAAGAAUGCACUGGGAGUAGCGGUUGGGGCCACUAUAGGACACACCAUCUGUACUUCACUGGCAGUGGUGGGAGGAAGCAUGCUGGCAUCUAGGAUUUCCCAACGCACAGUAGCCACAGUUGGUGGCUUGCUCUUCCUCGGCUUUUCCUUGUCUUCAUACUUCUACCCUCCUCUAUGAUUAAUAUAAGCGCGAAUCAAUCUGAUUCGUAAUGGCUCGUGGUCUUUCUACCUUUCUUUUUUCACUUGAUUGUCCGUCCUUAUUAUAGAAUUUGUUGUACUUACUCCCUAGGAAAGCUCGAUACUAACUGAAAAAUGAGAUUUUGAAUCCCAUUCUUUUUUGUAAAAUAUUUUGCGUUUUCCUCUCUUCCUAUUUGCACGUAGACACCCUUUGUUAUUUAUCAUUAUUUUCG